AAAACAUUGGCCUACGUGCCUGCGUUGCUGGGUAGGUAAAACAAAAAACAGUGUUCGUGUCAGAGUUUGAAGCUUGGACACAACUGACGAUAUCUUUUGAAAUUCGUUUUUUUGCACAGUUUUGCUGCAAAAUCUACUUUCUACUGUAAACAUGGCAACUGACUGUGAGGCCUGGCUGAACGCAAACCCUGUUGAGGCUCAGGACCUGAGUGACUCCUUUUUAUCAGGAGAGGAAGACAAUGGUGGGAAGCUCAUCUCAAAUAAAAAUAUCAACAACGAAAUCAAUGGCAACUGGCUGUCCUCGUCUAGCAACAACAUCCACGAGGCACGUCUCAAGGCAAAGGCCAAGCGGAGGCUGCGAAAGAACUCCUCCAGGGAUUCUGGCCGCGGGGACUCCCUCAGUGACAAUGGGGAUGUGGUUCGGGGAACCACUGUGACGCCCACAAGCCCCAAGAGCAAGCUGCUGGACAGGAAGUCUCGGCUGGGGAAAGGCAGAGGGCUGCCAAAGAAAGGUGGGGCUGGAGGAAAAGGCGUGUGGGGCAGAUCUGGUGAAGUUUAUGAACCAGAGGAGGUAGAUGAGAAAGACCCCAACUAUGAUGAAGCUCAGGAAAACUGUGUGUAUGAGACUAUGGUUCCCCCGCUGGAUGAGAGGGACUUUGAGAAGACGGUCACUCCCAUCGUGCAGGAGUACUUUGAACAUGGAGACACGAAUGAAGUAGCUGACCUGCUUGCAGAGUUGAAUCUGGGGCCCAUGCAGAGCGAGGUGCCCUCAUUGGCUGUGUCACUGGCCCUGGAGGCCAAAGCAAGCCAUCGGGAGCUCACGUCCAGGCUGCUGGCUGACCUGUGUGGACCUGUUCUGUCCCACAGUGACAUGGAAAAGUCCUUUGACAAACUGCUCAGGGAGCUGUCUGAUCUGGUCCUGGACACACCUGGAGCCCCUCAGUUGGUGGGCCAAUUCAUUGCACGAGCUGUUAGUGACCAAAUAUUGUCCAAGAGCUACAUUGAGGGCUACAAAGGCAGAGUUGACUGUGAAUACUCAAGGGCGGCACUAGACCGGGCGGCCGUGCUACUGAAGAUGAGUAUGGGUGGGCUUCGCAUAGAAAACCAGUGGGGGGCAGGCGGUGGACAGAGGCCUGUCAUGCAGCUUAUUAAAGAGAUGAACCUGCUGUUAAAGGAGUACAUCCUAUCUGGAGAUAGCAAAGAGGCUGAGAGAUGCCUGAGGGAUCUCGAAGUUCCCCAUUUCCACCAUGAGUUUGUCUAUGAGGCAAUAGUUAUGGUGUUGGAGUCCAAAGGAGAGAAAACAUUCAAAAUGGUCCUGCAGCUACUCAAGUCUCUCUCCAUGUCCUCUAUCAUCACCGUGGACCAAAUGAGAAGGGGCUAUGAGAGAGUUUAUAUGGACAUUGCUGAAAUUAACAUCGAUGUCCCACGUGCAUACUUCAUCCUGGAGCAAUUUGUUGACAAGAGCUUCAGCAUGGGAAUCAUUGAUGUAAAGCUACGAGAUCUCUGUCCCUGUCGGGGCCGGAAGAGGUUUGUCAGCGAGGGGGACGGUGGUGUUGUCAAACUUGAAAGCUACUAAGAAGACCUUUUUAUGUGCCAGAUUUCCUGAAAAGAAGAGGCUAAAGCUACUUUUUUACUUGCAUAUUUUUCAAAAAUAGUUGAGUACAGAUUUCUCUCUUCCAACAGUCAAAAGAAUGUACAUUUCUGAAAUUGAGGUGGGGUAAAAAAAAAAAAAAAAAAAACAACUGCACUUUUGAUUGAAACUGAAGUAGAUCACUUUCUCCAAGGUGUUUCAAUAUAAACAUUUACAUAAGCUAGCCCUCAAAGUGCCACACCUCUCAGUGUCAGUCAUUCCAUGUUGUUUUGUACAGUAUUUUCUUGAUUUCACUGCCACUCCUUUUGUGUUUUCUAGAAAGCAGUGUUUGUACAGAGAUGACUGGUUUGUGUCAAGAGCUUUAUAAAAGUGUAUGGAAAAAAAUAAAAGGGAGCGUGUUGGUUCAAAGCAAUACUGGCUCCCUAACUAGC